AUGGUGAACGUUCCAAAAAAUAGGAAUACUUUCUGUGGCUCCAAGGAGUGUGGAAAACAUACGCAGCACAAGGUGACUCAGUACAAAGCCGGCAAGGCGUCCACGUUCGCGCAAGGAAAGCGGCGAUACGACCGAAAACAAUCCGGGUAUGGAGGUCAAACGAAGCCAGUAUUUCACAAGAAAGCCAAGACAACAAAAAAGGUUGUGCUCCGACUCGAAUGUGUAAAAUGCAAGAGAAAGUCACAGCUGUCGCUGAAGCGAUGCAAACACUUCGAGCUCGGUGGGGACAAGAAGACCAAAGGAGCCGCGCUGGUGUUUUAA